GGUCGCGUCGUAUGAAAAGUGUUAAUCUUUUUGCAUUUUUGUGAAAAUUAUAAAUUUUCUUUAAAAAAUCUAAAUAAAACACACUAAAUUAAAUAAAAUAUUAAAAUUAAGUGUUAAAUAAAUAUAAUUUUAAAAGAAUUUUAUCAAAAUUUUAUGAAUUAAAUAUAAAAAAUCGUGAGAAAAAAAUACAAAGCGGCUUUGGUGGUGGUGGUUGUGUGUGAGUGAUUGCUGUAAAGUGUAUAACACGAAAGUUUUUUUCUUUUCGCAGAAAAGUAAAUUUUUUUCUUUCUAAAUUGUGGAAUUAACAAGUUUGAACAAUAAGAAAAAGUAAAAAAAUGACUUCGCCUUCACCGGCGAAUAGUCCUAUGCCCCCGCCACAGGCUCCGAGCCCCAUGGGACCACCUUCCCAAAGUCCGGCUCCGUCACCCUCGCCACACAGCCCCUAUACACAUCCACCACAGCAAGGCCCUGGCGGUCCACCUGGACCUCAGGGUCAUCAAGGACCGCCACAUGGUCCACCUCAUAUGCAAGGUCCACCACCGGGAGCGGGUCAACAUGGUCCACCUCCUCCUGGUCAUCCUGGAGGUCCUUAUGGCCAUCCAAUGCAACAUGGACCUCCUCAUGGACCCCCUCAUGGUGGUCCUCAACAUGGUCCCAUGCCUACACAGCAACAUGGUGUGGUAUCACAGCAUGGACCACCUCCUCCGGGUCAACAUGGUCCACCAGGACAGCAAGGAGGUCCGCCAACAGGACCUCCAAUGGGUCAUGGUCCGCCACCACAUGGUGGUCCGCCUCAUGGUAUGCCUCAACAACAGCCUGGAUCACAAGGUGGUCCUCCACCCCACUUAAAUGGUCCGCCCGGACAAGGGCCGCCAGGUCCUCAAGGACAUCAUAUGCCGCCACAUCAUCAAGGCAUGGCUCCUCACAUGGGCAUGCAAAUGCCUCCUCAAGGACCCAAUAUGCCACCCAUGGGCUUUCAAACACACGGCAUGCCACCCAAUGUAAGUACAUAGACUACUACUGUUCAAU